AUGCUUCUUCUACAUUCAGCGCUGCUCGCGGCGCUACCACUGGCUCUCGCCCAGACCGCGCCUUUCGCCAACACAUCUACGCCCGAUUCGCCAUUGACGAAUGCCACAUCCCCGCCGAAAUACCCUUCCCCGUGGGGCUCUGGGCUCGGCGACUGGGCCGAAGCCUACCAAAAGGCAGAAGCUUUCGUCAAGCAGCUCACUCUGCUCGAGAAAGUCAACUUGACCACCGGUGUCGGUUGGGAGAGUGAAAAGUGCGUCGGCAAUGCUGGCAAUCUUCCACGACUUGGGUUCAAGUCUCUCUGCCUUCAAGACUCGCCCCUUGGUAUUCGAUUCGCCGACUUUGCCUCUGCUUUCUCUUCCGGUGUGACCGUGGCUGCGACAUGGGACCGCAAGCUGUUCUACCAGCGAGGAUACGACAUGGGCACGGAGCACAAGCUCAAGGGUAUUGAUGUCCAGCUCGGGCCUGCUAUUGGGCCACUUGGUCGUACUGCGGCAGGCGGUAGGAAUUGGGAAGGCUUCAGUCCUGAUCCUUCACUUACCGGAAUUGCUGUCUACGAAACCGUAAAGGGUAUUCAAGAUGCUGGUAUCAUUGCUUGCACCAAGCACUACAUUGCAAACGAGCAGGAACACUUCCGCCAAGGAUCGCCUCCUAGCUACUUGACUGCCGCAAUCUCUUCCAACCUCGAUGAUGUGACGAUGCAUGAGCUCUAUCUCUGGCCGUUCGCCGAUGCAGUCCGCGCCGGAACAGGCGCUGUUAUGUGCUCAUACAACCAGGUCAACAACUCCUACGCCUGCCAAAACUCAUACUUGCAAAACUACCUCCUGAAGAAUGAGCUUGGUUUCCAGGGAUUCAUCUUGUCAGAUUGGAGCGCUCAACACAGCGGUGUCAGCAGUGCUCUUGCGGGACUUGACAUGACCAUGCCCGGUGAUGUCUCCUUCGACAGCGGUACUUCGUACUGGGGACCCAACCUGACCAUUGCCGUGCUCAAUGGUACUGUCCCUCAAUGGCGACUCGACGACAUGGCAGUUCGCAUUCUUGCAUCGUGGUACUACGUCGAUCGUCCUGGCAACCAGGUUGAAAAUUCACCAACGUUCUCCUCCUGGACCCAGGACACCUUCGGUUUCCAGCACGCCUACGCCGAGGAGCGUUACACGCAAGUCAAUUACCACGUCGAUGUUCAGCGCGAGCAUUACCUUGGAAUUCGUGAAGUCGCCGCUAAGGGUACUGUUCUCCUGAAGAACACGGGUGCUCUGCCGUUGACUGGAAAGGAGAAGCUUACGACGGUCUUUGGAUCGGAUGCUGCCGAGAACCAAUAUGGACCCAAUGGAUGUGCUGAUCGUGGAUGUGACAACGGAACUCUUGCGAUGGGCUGGGGCAGUGGAACCGCGAACUUCCCCUAUCUAAUCACCCCUCUCGAAGCCAUCAAGGCAGAGGUGCGCAGCAACCGCGGAAACAUCGAGUCGGUUAUCGACGAUUACGCCUACACUCAGAUUGCAGCGUUGGCACGCCGUGCUGGCGACGUCGAUGGCGUAUGUCUUGUCUUUGCGAACUCUGACGCUGGAGAAGGCUACAUUGUGGUCGACGGCAACGAAGGCGACCGCAACAACUUGACACUGUGGCACAAUGGCGAUACACUGAUCCAGAACGUCACUUCUCAGUGCAACAACACCGUCGUGGUGUUGCACACUGUUGGGGCAGUGCUUGUGGAUGAGUGGUACGAGAACCCAAAUGUCACCGCCAUCAUCUGGGCUGGUCUUCCUGGUCAAGAGAGCGGCAACGCCAUCGUCGACAUCCUUUACGGCAAGGAGAACCCUGGCGGCAAGACUCCGUUCACUUGGGCUGCUGCGCGCGAAGACUACGGCACUGAAGUUCUCUACGAACCAAACAACGGCGUCAAUGCUCCACAGGACGAUUUCACAGAAGGCAUCUUCAUUGACUACCGCCACUUCGACAGAGCGAACAUCACUCCCAUUUAUGAAUUUGGCUUCGGACUGAGCUACACCACGUUUGAAUAUUCAGACAUCCAGGUCCAGGCCCACCCCAGCAAGCCUUACACACCUACCUCAGGCCGUACCUCUCGAGCACCGACAUACGGUGCCAUCAACAACGACACAUCGGCCUAUCUGUACCCUGACAACUUCACGCGGAUCGAAGCUUACAUCUACCCAUACCUCAACUUCACCUCGCUCUCGCAGUCCAGCGGUGACCCACAGUACGGCAUCAACUACACCUUCCCAGCAGGUGGAUACGACAGUAGCCCGCAGCCUCUCGUUCCAGCAGGAAGUAAGGUCUCGCCUGGAGGUAACGAGGCUCUUUACGACGUUCUCUUCACCGUCACUGCGUCCGUGACAAACACCGGCAAGGUCAUUGGCGAUGAGGUAGCUCAGCUUUACGUCUCGCUUGGAGGACCUAACGACCCCAAGGUCGUUCUGAGAAACUUCGAUCGCUUAACCAUUGCCCCUGGCGAGACCGCUACAUUCAAGGCAGACCUCACGAGGAGAGACUUGAGCAACUGGAACACCGCCGCCCAGGACUGGCUCGUCUCCAAUUACACGAAGACCGCGCACGUCGGCAGCUCCAGCCGGAAGCUGCCUCUCAGCGCUCCUCUGAACAUUGGCGGCGGAAGCAGCCCGAGUCCCUACUAG